ACGAUAUCAAUUGUUAUUUAUCGGAAGGCUAACUGAGUUGACUACAUUCCUGAUACUAUCACAAGCCAUUAUCUAUAUUGAAAAACAUUCUUGUUUGUACCGAUAGUUUAAAAAAGCCCCUCACGCGCGACAAGAACUAGAAGCAGCUGUCUUCUAGAGCAAAUCAAAGAGCCUAAAUAGCUUAUCGGUGAAAGCACGGCAUCAGAGAUGUGGUACAUUAUAACGACUUCUCUUUGUACAGUCCUGUUGGUAACUCUCACCAACGGUGCUUCCUUCAACAAAGACUCCGCUUUGCAGGGAAGAAAUGAACAAAGAAUUGGUAGGUAAUAAGGUACAUGAAUAAGUAGUUAUCUUCGAGUUACUGAAAAACAACAAAUAUAUCAUCUUUGUAAAUCCGGGGAUAUACUUUGAACAUUCGUGUCAAUAUAGUUUCACAAAAAGAUCCAAACAACAAUUUUCCUGAUGUGGGAUCUCCCUUUUUGACAAGAAUUUUAUUUGUUUCUGCGAAAAGGCGACAUGCGUAUUGCCCUUUCUUCAUCAUUUGGCUGCUGUACUUAUCUCGUGUACUUUUUAUUCAACUCGGUCAUCGUCUCGACCCCGUUUGUGCUGACAAACAUAACAGAUACAUAACAUAAAAUCUACAAUCUCAGCUAGAAAAGUGAAUCAUUCUGCAAAUAGAUCACUGCAUAACUCACCGUUCAUUACUGGGAUUCAUUUUAUCACAACAGAAUUAAAAUCACUAAGCUAAGAGGCUUUGAUUUGUUUAGUCAGUAUUUAACUUGAGCUCUCUGGGUAAAAUCUUUGGUAAAGAAAAUUCUUUGAAGAAAGCAAGUAAGACGGAAAUAAAAGGAAAGAGACGCAGAAACAUAGAGAGAGAGAGAGUGGGAGAGAGGGGAGACAGAGAGAGAGAGAUAUAAUGAAAAUCGCGUGCUUUCAAAUGCAAAACGGGCAAAAAAGAGGGAAACCUUUAAACUUCGGACUGGACCCCACUGUGCAUUUCAGUGUUGGCUCAUUUAAUUUGUUGCCUUGAAAGUGGUACUAGGGCCAUGCUGCUGCUACACCUAAAGACAGAAAAGGAAAAAUUGUCUCGGAACAAAAUAUGGAUAAGCCGUGAUGGUCUAACAAAACACGCUACGCAAACUGCAGGUCAAACGAGGACCCGUUUUAGACAAAGACCAUUAAAGACCAUUGCAAAUAUGGGAAUAAAAAAAUUAUUUUGAGUAUAUUGAUAUUGCUUUAAUCUUUGUCAUGAACAGGACCAAACAAGGGAGUUUCAAGAUUUCGCAGGUUUUUUGGGAUGUGCGGAAACCAAAUGUACAGUACAGCUAUGUUCUUGUGUUGUGAUGAUACAUUAAUCCCUAGGACAACAACAGCACUUCUCAUGUGCUGUGGUAGCGAGUCAUACAAUCCAUUAACCCAGAUGUGCUGCGACGCUAACCCACAUUCAAAGAUAGGAUUCCGGCAACCAAGCUGCUGUGGAAGUGAUCCUUAUGAUGCAAAUAACACAUUGUGUUGUGAUAAUACGCCAUUACCAAAGGUUGGAGUCCAAUCAGCCUGUUGCGGAAGUCGCGUAUACGAUAUGGCUACCCAAAUAUGCUGUGAUAGCUAUGUACAAUUCAAACCAGGGAUACACUCAGUUUGCUGCGGCUCGCUAGCAUACGAUGUCAAUACUCAGCUCUGCUGCGAGGGUCUUCCUGUCCGCAAAGUAGGAAAUCACUCAGCUUGCUGCGGAGGGAUGGCAUAUGAUGUACAGAAUCAAUUGUGCUGCGAAAAUCGGGUAGUUCCCAAACCCUCACCUUACUCAGCCUGUUGCCCCGCUGAGCACUAUCCCACUUCCUACAAUACAGUUACCCAGCUUUGUUGCGCGGGUUUUGUAUAUCCAGCAUCUCCUGGCGUACGAUGUUGUGGAGCGAUGAUGUAUCACACAAGGAUGAAUAUGUGUUGCGAUGGCAGCCUCAUAUUGCCUAUAUUAGUAACGGGAUGCAGAGGAUUUGCCUGAGACCGAGCCAUCAUAAUAAUAUAAGUAUGGCUGUAAAAGCAAAAUCACAAAGGUCUCAAUGGGGUGAUGAGUUUUACGGAUUACGGUUAAUAUUUUCUCAUUGAGGUCAAAAUUUUUUAAAUAGAGAAUAAUACAUGGGCGCGCGUAGUUGUGGAAUUUCUCUUCGAGUGUUUAACACGAUAGCUCACGAGUGAGAUGUCGAGUUGUACACGAGGAGCGAAAUUUCAUAUCUACAAGCAACCAUUUAUUAUUUUGUUUAUCAUAUAAACACAAAAGCCCUUUACUGACUAGCAAAGUCAACUUUAUUAAUGAAUGGAUGAAUGAAAAAAAAAAAAAAAAAAAAAGAUUGACAAUCCCUGAAUAAAAAUCGUAAAGUGCGUUGGCGCACCUAAGAUGAAAACGUGCAAUGGCCUAAUUUUCAAUAUGCGAAUUCUCAGUUAUUGAAAUUGUACCGACAAAAGAAAUCUUUUAGGUACACGGCCAAAAUCGACCUGUGGCAAAUCUUCUAGUUGUUGAUUUUCGUUCUCAGCCGGGAGAAAUUCCAUUACCAAAGCCACUGAAUACGUAACUUCGGUUUUUCUUUUCGUAUUUUGGUUUUCUUCCCCCUCUAGGAAAGUUUGAACGUCACUGUCUGUUAACGAUACGGAUUUUUCGGUGUUUUAGUAGCCAUAAUCCGAAAAGAUUCCGACAAACGUCUGUGGAUUGAGAAUGGUGAAGGCUUUGCCGUUCAUUCAUCAACCUGAUCGAGAGGCGCGAAAGGCAAGUGGCGCGUCAGUAGCUGAUUGGCGAUAUCAAACACACGUGAAAAAAUAUCGUAUUUUUUCACUUGUGUUGUUACGGCUUUUCACAGGGCUGGAAAUCCUUGUAUAAAAACGUAGUUUAUAUGAUACAGUAAUUUUUAUUACAACUAGAGGUUAAAAUUUGUCAAAUUUUACGGCUAACAGCCAAAAUCUUUGGCCGUUUACGGCUAACGGUUAACCCCACUGAGACCCUCGAUCAUACCUUCAGAUAUGCAAUAAUUCCGAAACCAUAUUUUGCAUUGAAUCAAAAGAAACGAGCCACUCAGGCACGAUAGUAUUACUGUCAACUGUAGAAGGGUAACAUAUUUAAAGUUAUUCAUUUUUGGUUGUAAACUGUACCUGCACAUGUAUUUACUCAUCAAAUAUAUUUCAUAUCAAAGGGCAUUGAUUAUUAUUGAUUACACUUUUCUUCCUAUUCACUCGGUGUUCCAAAUUGUCAUGUCGACCAGUGUAAACAAUAUACCUUUAGGUAUCUUUAUGUUUCAAACUGGUCCGUGCAUCGGUCCUUAGUUCUCCAUGCAAGGAACCAAACGGUUCUUCACUGGAAGUUUUAUUUGGCACCAAAGGAUGAGGCUAAUUAAAGAAAGAAACAGCGUAAGAAAGAUAAGUUAAUUUUAUUUGAAGGGUUUGCCAUGGCUAGAAACAAAUAAUAAUUACCAUGAAGGUAUCGGAAGUUCAUUAAUACAUUACAUCACAAAGGGUUACUAGAUAAUGAAAUUAGCUCAGGGACCACCAAGGGAUUUUCAUUCCAUCGUGUAUUUCACAUUUUCAGUUUGACGCGCAGUACAGCAACAGAAGUGUGAUGUUUUAAGUACUGAA